AUGGGCAAAGAAGAAGGAGAUGAUGAUGAUGAUGAUGAUGAUGAUGAUGAUGAUGAUGAUGAUGAUGAUGAUGAUGAUGAUGAUGAUGAUGAUGAUGAUGAUGAUGAUGGCGGUGGCAGUGUUGGUGGUGGUGGUCUUGGUGGCGGCCGUGGUGGUGGUGGCGGUGGUGGUGGUGGCAGUGUUGGUGGUGGUGGUGGUGGUGAUGAUGAUGGUGAAGGGCGGAAGAAGAGAAAUAAGAAAUGA